CCCCGUGUGUUUGUGUGUGUGUAUGUGUGUUGGUGGAUGUGAGUACGGGGAAGCAGCGGCCGCCAUUUCAGAGAGCUUGCCGAAGCUGUCGCAGGGGUGGAUCCUGAGCUGCCGAAGCCGCCGUCCUGAACUUCCGCGCGGGCUCCUCUAAUCCCAUUGUUUCUUUUAGAUUCGCUCGGGCCUAUCCGCCCUCGGAGCCCGAAAUUCGGGCUGGGCGGUACCGCGGCCUGGGCCUAGCGGCUUAACAGUAGCAACAGCGGCAGCAGCAGCAGCCCCCCCCCCUUUCCGAAUACGAGCAUCCUAGGGGCCGGAAAGCCCGCACAGGCGAUUAGAGAAAAUGGCAGACGAUAUUGAUAUUGAAGCAAUGCUUGAGGCUCCUUACAAGAAGGAUGAGAACAAGUUGAGCAGUGCUAACGGCCAUGAAGAGCGUAGCAAAAAGAGGAAAAAAAGCAAGAGCAGAAGUCGUAGUCAUGAACGGAAAAGAAGCAAAAGUAAGGAACGGAAACGAAGUAGAGAUAGAGAAAGGAAAAAGAGCAAAAGCCGUGAAAGGAAGCGAAGUAGGAGCAAAGAGAGGAGGCGGAGCCGCUCAAGAAGUCGAGAUCGCAGAUUCAGAGGCCGCUACAGAAGUCCUUACUCCGGACCAAAAUUUAACAGUGCCAUCCGAGGAAAGAUUGGGUUGCCUCAUAGCAUCAAAUUAAGCAGACGACGUUCCCGAAGCAAAAGUCCAUUCAGAAAAGACAAGAGCCCUGUGAGGGAACCUAUUGAUAAUCUAACUCCUGAAGAAAGAGAUGCAAGGACAGUUUUCUGCAUGCAGCUGGCAGCAAGAAUUAGGCCAAGGGAUUUGGAAGAGUUUUUCUCUACAGUAGGAAAGGUUCGAGAUGUGAGAAUGAUUUCUGAUAGAAAUUCAAGACGUUCCAAAGGAAUUGCAUAUGUGGAGUUUGUUGAUGUUAGCUCAGUGCCUCUAGCAAUAGGAUUAACUGGCCAACGUGUUUUAGGAGUGCCAAUCAUAGUACAAGCAUCACAGGCAGAAAAAAACAGAGCUGCAGCAAUGGCGAACAAUCUACAGAAGGGAAGUGCUGGACCUAUGAGGCUUUAUGUGGGCUCGUUACACUUUAACAUAACUGAAGAUAUGCUUCGGGGAAUCUUUGAGCCUUUUGGAAGGAUUGAAAGUAUCCAGCUCAUGAUGGAUAGUGAAACAGGUCGAUCUAAGGGAUAUGGAUUUAUUACGUUUUCUGAUUCGGAAUGUGCCAAGAAGGCUUUGGAGCAGCUUAAUGGAUUUGAGUUAGCAGGAAGACCAAUGAAAGUUGGUCAUGUUACUGAACGUACUGAUGCUUCCAGUGCUAGCUCAUUCUUGGACAGUGAUGAACUGGAAAGGACUGGAAUUGACUUGGGAACAACUGGUCGUCUCCAAUUAAUGGCAAGACUUGCAGAAGGCACAGGUUUGCAGAUUCCACCAGCAGCACAGCAGGCUCUACAAAUGAGUGGCUCUUUGGCAUUUGGUGCUGUGGCAGAAUUCUCUUUUGUUAUAGAUUUGCAAACAAGACUUUCUCAACAGACUGAAGCUUCAGCUUUAGCUGCAGCUGCCUCUGUUCAGCCUCUUGCAACACAGUGUUUCCAACUUUCUAACAUGUUUAACCCUCAAACAGAAGAAGAAGUUGGAUGGGAUACAGAGAUUAAGGAUGAUGUGAUUGAAGAAUGUAAUAAACAUGGAGGAGUUAUUCAUAUUUAUGUUGACAAAAAUUCAGCUCAGGGCAACGUGUAUGUGAAGUGCCCAUCAAUUGCUGCAGCCAUUGCUGCUGUCAAUGCAUUGCAUGGCAGGUGGUUUGCUGGUAAAAUGAUAACAGCAGCAUAUGUACCUCUUCCAACUUACCACAACCUCUUCCCUGAUUCUAUGACAGCAACACAACUACUGGUUCCAAGUAGACGAUGAAGGAAGAUAUAGUAUCCCUUAUGUACAUAGCUUUUUUUCUUUCUUGAGAAUUCAUCUUGAGUUAUCUUUUAUUUAGAUAAAAAUAAAGAGGCAAGGGUCUACUGUCAUUUGUAUACAAUUCCUGUUACCUUGAAAAAAUAAAAAUGUUAACAGGAAUGCAGUGUGCUCAUUAUCCCUAACUAGCAAAUCCCACUGUAUACAAAGCUGUUCUCUUGUUCUGCCUUUUAAAUGUACAUGUAGAAAUUUACAUUAAGGAUCUAUAGGAAUAGCUCUAGGGGGGGGAACAGAUGUGCUUAAUGUAAAAAGGCAGACAGGGAUGUAAUUAUGUUUUUAAUGUUUCCGAAGCCUAACUUUUUACACAGCAGUUACAUUACACGUUUCACUAAUGUUGAUACUUGGCUAAUGGUUUAGCAGAGGUUUCUGGAGUACACAUUUAGUGUAUGGAAAUUCAAGACAGCUAAAGGGCUGUUUGAUUAACAUCUCAUCUUGCAUCGUGAUCAAUUGGCAAGAAAAGGAGUUUUCAAGAUUUACAUUUCUGGAUGCUAUCUUUUCAAUUAAUGUAUCUGUAAAAGUUUCUUUGUAAAUAUUAUGUGUUCUGAUGUGUCUAAGAUUCCAAACAAAAUGAUCCCUGCAUUUCCUCAAGAUGUUUAGUGACAGUCUGGUAAGCAGAGCAGUCUGAGCAAGAAAUAGGAAAUGCAGAAAUAGGUUUUGUCUGGUUGCAUAUAAUCUUUGCUCUUUUUAAGCUCUGUGAGCUCUGAAAUAUAUUUUUGGGUUACUUCAGUGUGUUUGACAAGACAGCUUGAUAUUUCUAUCAAACAAAUGACUUUCAUAUUGCAACAACCUUUGUAAGAACCACUCAAAUAAAAUUCUCUUAAAAAGGC